AUGCCACGACUGCUGUGCACGCUCCACUUCGUCCGGCAUGGAGAGACAACCGCGAACCGGGAGGGCAUUAUCCAAGGGCACCAGGACUACGACCUAACUCCCAUUGGCAUCAACCAAGCGGUCGCCACCGCUAUCCGCCUUCGGGGCAACACGUACUGGCAGACCUACAGCUCGGACCUGACGCGGGCGUCGCACACGGCCGAGAUUAUCCUUGAGGAACACGCGGGAGCGAACCUCCGCAAGACCCCGCUGCUGAGGGAGUUCGCGCUGGGUGCGCAGGAGGGCUUGCCGCGUGGAACCACCUGGCCCAGAGCGCGUCGCAUGAAGGCGGAAGCAGCGGGCGUGUCGCCGGUAGCGUACAACGAGAGCCUGCGCGAGAGCCCGGCGGACGUGCACAAGCGAGCCCAGCAGUUCCUCGCAAGCUUGGUCUCCGACGCCGUGCGGGCGGCGGACGACGGGACUGUCAACAGGGUGGGCCAGGGACGGAACGGCCGCCACGAUUCCGCCGCGGAAGCUGCAGCCGCCGCCGAGGCAAGGAACGGGGACGAGAACGCGAGGCUGGCGCUCGUGGUGUCCCACGGAGGUAUCCUGAACGUGAUGAUGCUGACGGUCAUGGGGCUGGACGAGAAGGCGUGCCCCCUCAUGAGGAACUGCGCGGUGGCGGUGGUGGAUGUCGUCGACGAUGGCCGCGGCAAGGGCCGGGUGCGCUACGUGCCCCGGACGCUCAACGACGUGUCGCACUUCCAGUCCAUCCGAAGGCAAUGCACGGCAAGCGCGGAUAAGAUGAUGUCGUUGCGGUGAUCCAAGUCGUUACUUCCCUCGCACGCUGCCCCCCUGGUAGCAACGUGGACGACCCUCCUGCGAAGGAGUACAUCGUUGUUUGUGCAGGAAAUAUUGUGAAAUAGCUGCAGCACGGAAGCAGCAAAUUUCAUUUUUUUUCCCAGGGUAUUUAAUGCGUGUCUGUGUGCAGUAGCGGCAGCAGUAGGAUUAUCAGUGGCAAAGAAAGCAGGAGUUUUUGCGUUUUCCAUUCAUUGUGGUACUAUGGUCGCCCCGGUGGUCUAGUCGGUAUCCUCGAAACCUUCUAGAGGUCAGGUCAGGGGUUCGGAUCCCGGCGUAAGCGAGCUUUUCUUGCAAAGUGAGUUUUUCUCUCACUUCCGCUCCUGGCCUAGUGGAUAGCGCUAGUUCGUGUGUACACAGAGGGAAGAGAGUGCUGAACUCUUCUCGCAUUAAAAAUCGAAGGCAAAGUACCGCAGGAGGGGAGGGUAGAGAGGGGCUCUUCUGUGUGACCACGGGUUGGAGUAAACGGAACUAUUGCUGCUGUGAGCGCUGAUUUGAAG